GCGCGGAGGGUGUUCGACGCAAUGCCGCGCAGGAACGCGGUCACCUGGAACGCGCUCAUCAAGGGGUACGCGCAGGCCGGGCGCAGGGAGGAAGCCAUUCUGCUGUUCCGGGAUAUGAAGAGGGAGGGCAGUGAUAUUGCUCCGGAUAGGUACACUUUCCCGGCGUUGCUUUCCGGCAUUGCCAGGGAGGGUGGCUCUGGCUGCACGCAGGAGCUCGGGGGAGCCCUGCAUGCGCAUGUCAUCAAAGCAGGGCUGGAGAAAGAUCCAUUUGUUGGGGCUUCCCUCGUUUCUAUGUACGCUGCUAGAGGGACAGUGAAGGAUGCAAAGGUCGCCUUUGAUCAAGUGGGUUCCUUGGACCCAAUCGUUUGGUCGUCCAUGAUCUCUGCGUACGCGAACUGCGAGGAGGAAGAGGCUGCUCUCUUGGCUUUCUUCAAUAUGCUGUGUCAAGACAUCAAACCAACACAGUUUGUCUACUCGAGCGUGUUUUCUGUCUGUGGGAGAAUGUCAAAGCUGGAGAUGGGCAAGCAAGUUCACGGACACAGUCUCAAGAGCAAUACUGAGGAGGAUGCCGCAAUGUUAAACGCGCUUUUGAGCAUGUACUCGGAUUGUGGAUGCAUUAAUGACGCACAGAAAGUAUUCUCUUCAAACGAUAACGUGAACGUAGUUUCUUACAAUUCAAUGAUUUCAGCUCUUGGACAGCAUGGGUAUCCGAAAGAAGCAGUUGAGCAUUUCAGGCAGAUGAAGCUUGCUGGUCUUAUGCCUGACGAGGUAACCUUGCUAAGUCUGCUCUCUGCUUUCAACCAUGCUGGUCUUGUUCAUGAAGGCCUGCAGAUAUUCAAUUCCAUGGUGGAUAUUGAAGGCAUAAAACCGACAUAUCAACAUUAUGCCUGUAUCGUUGACAUGCUGGCUCGGUCAGGCUUAAUUGGAGAAGCCAUAAAAACAAUCAAUGGAAUGCCCUUUGAAGCUGAAGCACCAUUAUGGAGGAUUGUUCUUGGUGCAUGCAACAAACACCUUGAUAUUGACACUGGCAAGCACAUUGCAGAGAUGCUGUUUGAGAUGGAACCCUAUGAAGCAACAAACUAUAUACUGCUUAGUAAUCUUUAUGCAAGGUUAGGAAAGUGGACAGAAGCGGAAAAGGUUAGAAAUCUGAUGGAUGGGAGGGGUGUAGAUAAGGAUGAUGCAUUUAGCUGGAUUGAGAUGGGUCAGAGAACACAUAUAUUUGGUGUUGAUGACCGCUCACACCCCAUCUCCAGAGAGAUAUAUAGGAAUUUAGAUAGCCUAAUAAGUAAUAUUAAGGUUGCAGGCUAUGUGCCUGAUAUCAGUUUUGCUGCACACAACAUACAAAGGGAUAGGAAGGAAGAAUCGUUGUAUUAUCACUGUGAAAAACUGGCAUUUGCUUUUGGGGACCUGGCUGCUCCUUCUGGAAGCACUAUCCGCAUCAUGAAGAACCUUCGUGUUUGUGGUGAUUGUCAUUGUGCAUACAAAUACUUCUCCCUUGUCACAGGAAGAGAAAUAAUAUUGAGAGACAAUCAGAGGUUUCACCAUUUCAACAGGGGUUCUUGUUCCUGCGGUGAUUACUGGUAAUGGAUCAAUAAGUUAUCAUUCAAUUGUACAUCCUAGCAGUGAUUUAGGAGCUCUACUGACAGUCUGACACCAUAUAUGUUUAGGUCCCUGCAUCUUGUCCCAGGCGGCA